AUGUAUCAUCCAUAUAAGCUUACCGAAAGCCAUGUACGCAGCACAUGGAGGGGAAUACAGCCGGCUCCCCAGCGCUGGCCCGAACCACGGCAACAACGGCCGCAGCAGCCGCAACAGCCGCAACAGCUGCAACAGCUGCAACAGCCGCAACAACCGCAACAGCCGCAACAGCCGCAACAGCCGCAACAGCCGCAACAGCCGCAACAGCCGCAACAGCCGCAACAGCCGCGGCAGCAACAAAAGCAACGCGUACUUUUCCCCUAUGCAUUGUUCAAUAUCCUCAAUGACGAUAGCAACGCUAGUUGGGUGUCGUGGGAUAUAGAUGGCGGUGCCUUUUCAAUCUGCAGCUGGCAGAAUCUUAUUUCCUGUCUUAAUGAGCACGGCUUUGUGGCCACCCAGAAGGCGUCUGUAAUCAAGAAUUUGCUUGGUUACGGCUUCAAGCGCCUCAGAGAUGGGCGCAGCCGUGUGUCAGAUAGACAUGGCAAUGUAUGGUCGUCAUACCGACAUGAGCACUUUCAUUACGGAGAUUUUGAUAGUCUUGUUUAUAUUGAACGAGUUGGAAGAGGCCCUGGUAAUGGCCGCCAGGUCCCUUCGACUUCUUCCUCAUAA